AUGGAGCCUUCAGCUUCCUGUUUACCUGGAUUCUUCAUGGUCUUCAUUCUCCUAAAGAUCACAGAACUCACCCAAGUAAUGAGCUUGGAUAUACAGAUUAACACCCAGAUUCCAGAUACAGAAGAAGGGGUACUGGUGGAGUGUACUGCAGAAAGUUUGUUCCCACCUGCUAAGAUGACAUGGAGAGACAGCAAGGGGAAUAUAAUUCCACCCUCAACCACAUUUGACUCUCAGGAUAGAGCUGGGUUAUUGUGUUUGAAGAGCACCAUUCUUUUGAAGAACAGAGCAGAAGGUCCUAUUACUUGCUCCAUUUACAAUAAAACUACUAAUCAGGAGAAAACGAGAAGUGUUGUCCUAUCAGAUGUCCUAUUCAAACCACAAUAUAUGUCAUUGAUGUCAAACAAUCUUUUAUGUCUUGGAAUAUAUUUACUCUUUAUACUUUUUCUUAAUUUUCUCAAAGGAAUACUUUUUUGUCUCAAAGAAAGACUUGUUUAUUUCAGAAAACUAAUGAUUAAAAUCAAGAAAGUUUUGAGUUUUAAAACAAGAGCUUGCUGUCCACUUAUCUGGGAGUUCCUAGAGAUAGUUUUGUUUAUUGCCUUCCUCCCUCUCUACUUGAUGUUCAGGAUUAAAGCUUUCACUUUGGAUGAAGCAUACACAUUGUAUAAUAAUUGGCUAUGGAAAUUAUGCAUAACUUUGAUUAUAAUGAUGAUACUUUUCACUGGGCUCAUUUUGUUUCUACUUUGGACCCUGAACAGUUAUGGUAAGAUGCCAUGCUUACCUUCCAUGAAUACAGAUGUUUCUACACAAGACACCAAGCAAAAGAGUUCUGAAUCUGCUAAGUCCCAAAAACAUUAUGAUGUGAACAGUCAAAUGUUCCUAGAAACUUAUGAAGAGGCAAUAUUUAGUCACCAUCAAGAAAGUUGUGAAGAGGAUAUUUUCGACCUUCUUCUGCCCUCAAGUUCAGAUGUCCUAGGAACUUGUAAAGAGGAAAAAUUUAGUCAGCAUCACGAAAGUUUUGAAGAAGAUCUUCAAUCCUCAUCAGACUUUAAGAUUGAAUUGUAG